UAAAACGAGCGCGAGGAGGUGACGACGAAGAAAACGUAACAAUACACCGCGCGCGCACAUCCGCGUACCCGCUCGUGCACGCUGAGAAAUAUACCCAACCUACUACCGUUGCCGUAGUUACCUAGCGCGAGGAGCAGUGGGCAGGCGGGGAGGAAGCGAGGAAAGGAAGCGAGGAAAGGACGAAGAGAGGAAGGAGGGAGCGGAAUUAGUCAGCGGUAGAGGAGGGAGGAGAAGAGAGGAGAGGAGGCGAGGAGGAGAGGAGGCGAGGAGGAGAGGCGGAGGGUUGUUUCUGCCGAGGUGGACGUGGCGAGGAAGUGACCGAGGAGAGCGCCAUGAAGCGGACCACCCUCAGGCUGGUCCCUGUCAGGUGACAUCAGCAGCGACUCCUAAAGGACACGCCCCCUCUCAGGACCGGUAGAUUUCUACAGAGGAGGGAGGAGGCGUUGCCAAUACGUUGGCCGAACCAGAGCGUGGCGAGGAGGGUUAGCUCCGCCCCCUCACCAUGACGGACUUGGAGACUGAGUGUUUGAGCCUCGGCUCUCCCUCUCCCCCCCUGGACUCGGGGCCCGAUUGCCCCCCUGCGCUCGGGUCGCUGGCGGUGGAGAUCGGUGAGUCGCUGGUGAUGCUGCCGUGCGUGAAGAGCGAGCCGGAGGACGGGGACCAGGACCCCAUCCAGACUGUGGACCUGUCGGAGAUCCAGCCUCUGUCCACCGCCGAUCUGGGCCAGGACCAGAUCAAGAUGGAGAUCAGCGGCCUCGACUACAUCAAGUCCGAGCACCACCACCACCUGGGCCACUUCCACCACGGAGACGUAACGGAGCUGGACUACAAGUCGCACUACGAGCAUAGCUCUGUGUUCGACUACAUCUCCCAGGUUACGGACACCCUGGAAUACAUAAAGUCGGACCACCAUGUGGACCUCCAGUGUUACUACACCGCCGAGCUGAGCUCCCUGAAGUGCGAGUACCCAGAAUCCAACAUGGCGUCCCGCCUGCAGCCCAACAGCCUGGAGUCCAUCCACAUGGCGGAGCUCCGCACCGAGCUCAACAAGCUGCGGCCCGAUGCCCUGCUGAUAGACGGCGUGGGCAAGCCGGACCCCGAGUUCGGAGGGGGGGUGCCGUAUGAGGCGCCGCCCGGCGAGGACGGGAAGGAGGCGGCGGGAGGAGGUUCCGGUCUGCCGAGCAAAACCCAGAACCUGGUGGCGAGGAAGCCCCGCAACACGCAGGGGGAGAAGCCAUUCUCCUGCGCGCAGUGCGUCAAGAACUUCAGCACGCUGGGGAACCUGAAGACGCACCAGCGCAUCCACACUGGCGAGCGGCCCUACACCUGCUCGCAGUGCGGGAAGAGCUUCGGCCAGGCCGGCAACCUCAAGCGCCACCAGUUGAUCCAUACGGGCCAGAAGCCGUACGUCUGCGCCCACUGCCCCAAGGGCUUCACCAAGGCCGACGACCUGCGCUCGCACCAGCGGCUGCACACCGGCGAGCGGCCCUUCGCCUGCCUGGCCUGCGGCAAGAGCUUCGGCCAGUCCAAGGAGCUGAAGGCCCACCAGCUGAGCCACACGGGGGAGCGGCCCUUCUGCUGCCAGCACUGCGGCAAGAGCUUCAGCAAGGAGUCUGGCUACCGGAACCACGUGCAGAUCCACACGGGGGAGAAGCCCUUCACCUGCUCGCAGUGCGGCAAGACUUUCAGCAACUCAGGCGUGCUGAAGACCCACGAGAAGAUCCACUCCGGUGAGCGGCCGUUCGGCUGCACGCAGUGCGGCAAGAGUUUCGGCCGCCUCGGGCACCUGAAGGCCCACCAGCAGAUCCACACGGGGGAGCGCCCCUUCGCCUGCCCCGACUGCGGGAAGACUUUCAGCCAGUCGGGGCACCUCAAAGCUCACGAGCAGAUCCACAAGCGGGAGCCUAGCGGCGCUAGCGGCACUAGCAGCCCUAGUGCUGCUAGCGCCGCUAGUGGCGCUAGCAGCACUAGUGGCGCUAGCAGUCCUAGUAGCGCUAGCAGCGACAGCAGUUGAAAGGAACUCCUCGGAUAAACAAAGGUGACUCGACUGAUUUGCUCUUAUGCAAGUGUGUGUGUGUGUGUGUGUGUGUGUGUCUCUGAACCGGUCCCAAAGGCCCAGUACUUUUUCUGGAGUACUUAUACACAAGCACAAACAUGUUUUUUACUGAAACCAGACCAGCAGCUCCUGAACCAGGACCCGUUUACUGACGGCUAACCAGUACUUCAGAGAGAGUAUAUUUACACGAAGAGUAAAGUCUGUGUACUGUCCAUGUUUUUAUACUUCUACUCUCGUACGUUUACAGUCUCCGUUAAAUCAGUCUGGUUACUUUUCAUUAAUAUCUCGUUAAUAUUACAGCUGAAUAUUUGCGACGUUGUCAGAAAGAAAACAAAAGCCAGCUGAUGAGGAGGAAGUGAACCAAGAGGAUGAGAUCCCGAGGUUCACUCCAGAGAAGAAGGGUAAAUAUGAAGUGGAGCUGCUCCCGUACUCGUGUCCUUACGGUAAAGACUCACCAACACGAGCUGCUGUGUUUAUUCUUCUGAAGCAGAUUGAUUCUAUAUCGGAAAACCUCUUUGUCUUCGUCAGUACUCUGCUGUACUUCAGGUAAACGAGGUUCUGGUUCCUCAGUACGCGUUUAAGUACUUCAAAACUUGAAGUACGUGUACAAUCUUCUGCUAACCGCGCGAGUACUCACAUUUUGAGUUAACUACUAUUUGCCUUCCAGCUGUGGGUACUCUGUGUUACUGUGCUAAGAACCUUGAUGUUCAGUAUUGAUCGGUAUCGAUCGAUCGGGACUCAGUGAUGACGAUAAUCUGCUGACGCCACAUUCCUUUUUAUUUUAUUUUUAUCUGAAUAAAAAUCAUUCCAGUUCAAAGUUUUCAGCGUCGUCGGGCUCCAAAAGGACCCAUCAGUACAAAGGAGCCCACCCCUCCCCCGGUCCGGAACGCUCACUGUGUACAAAUCUUUAUUGAUUAUGUCAUUCCUAAUGAAGUCUAAUAAAAUGUUUAAAAAGAGACGACCAUAAUGCAGCAUCUUGUACUGGCAAAUAAUUAUUAAAGAAACUAAUGAGA